GAAAGCGCGUUAUUCGACGGCUAGUAGUCGAAGAGACGGUGAACGCAGCGUUGGUGAAAAUGAGUACCGUUACAUGCGUCGCACCCAUCAAUAUUGCCGUUAUAAAAUAUUGGGGUAAACGAGAUGAGACUUUAAUCUUGCCUGUGAACGAUUCUAUUAGUAUUACUAUAGAUACAGAUCAUCUCUGUGCGAAGACCACAGUAAUGGCCAGUCCGAAUUUCAAAAAAGAUCGCAUUUGGCUUAAUGGACGGGAAGAGGACAUCAGGAAUUCUAGAUUGCAGAAUUGUUUAAGAGAAAUUAGAAAAAGGGCAGGAGAUUCCAGUCGCAUAGGUGAAUGGAAAAUCCACAUUUGUUCCGAAAACAAUUUUCCUACCGCAGCUGGCCUAGCUUCCAGUGCGGCCGGUUACGCUUGUUUAGUAGCAGCCCUUGCCAAGCUAUUUAACGUACAGGGUGAUAUUACCUCGAUGGCUCGCAUGGGUUCUGGGUCAGCGUGCCGAAGUAUUAUGGGAGGUUUUGUAAAAUGGUUUAUGGGUUCCGAAGCGAAUGGAACGGAUAGUAUAGCGAAACAAAUAGCACCUGCUACUCACUGGCCCGAAAUGCGAGCUUUAAUACUAGUCGUAAACGAUGUAAAGAAAAAGGUAUCGAGCGCGAUUGGCAUGAAGAGGACGAUGAACACAUCUGAUCUACAUUUGUACAGGGUGAAACAUAUCAUCCCUGAUAUGGUGAAGAAAAUGCAACAAGCGAUCAUUGACAAGGAUUUCGAAACGUUUGCCAAAAUCACGAUGAAGGACUCUAAUCAAAUGCAUGCGAUAUGCUUAGACACGUAUCCACCGAUUAUGUACAUGAACGAUGUGUCACAUGCCAUCAUCGAACUCAUCCAUGCCUAUAACGAAGCCGUUAACGAAGUGAAAGUCGCAUAUACUUUUGAUGCAGGACCUAAUGCUACCUUAUAUCUCCUGGAAGAAACUGUGGCAGAUGUUUUAGGAUUAUUACAUCAUUUCUUUCCACCCUUAGAAACUGAUCUUACAAAGUACCACAUGGGAUUGGCUGUCGAAGGAAUUAAAUAUACUAAUGAAUUAUUUGAUAAUAUUAACGUGUCGAAACAUCCUAAUGGGUGUUUGAAAUACAUUAUUCAUACCAAGAUUGGAGAUGGACCUAAAUAUUUGGAAGAUCCCAAGGAUCAUCUACUUAACGAUCAAGGGCUGCCUAUUAAUCAAGCUUAAAUAAAUUAAAUUAUGUCUUUAUUAUUUGUAAAGAGAAUGGUUGUUGUACGAUGGAAAAUAAAUUAUUUUUUA